AUGAUGGUAAAAAUUAAAAAUAUUAUAAUAUUAUUUUGUAUUUUUGGACUAUUAUCAAAUGUUUCAUCAUUGUCAUCGUCAUCAUCAUCAUCACAAUCCAGUGAUAACAAUGGUAAUUUAAGUCCAAUUCAAGAUUAUGAUCUUGAAUUUCUUAGUAAACAUUUAACAACAAAAACACCAUAUUGGAUUUUAACUAAAAAUGGUGACUCAAAUAGUCAAGGAGAUGGUAGUAGUGGUAAUAGUAAUAGUAAUAGUAAUAGUAAUAGUAAUAGUAAUAGUAAUAGUGAUAGUAGUAAUGAACCACCAGAACAAUGUAAAUUAAUAUCAAUAGAUUUUAUAGCACGUCAUGGAUCGAGAAUGCCAGUUUUAAAUUCAAUUGAAAAAUUAAAAGAAAUGACAACAAGUAUAUUAGAAUAUAAAGAACAAGUUAAUCAAGGGUUUAAUUGGAUAUUUAAUUAUAGUGUACCCUAUCCAAGUGAUAUUGCUGGUAAUUUAAUAUUACAAGGUCAAUAUGAACAUUACAAUAUCUCAAAACGUCUAUUGAAAAAGUAUCCACUAUUCUUUGAACCAAUGAAAUACAAACCACAAUCCUAUUCAAUUACAUCCACUGCCAUAUCACGUACUGGUAUUAGUGCAAGUGCAUUCUCCUAUGGUUUAUUACAAGGUACUGGUUCAUUGGGAGUGGAUGGAUUUCAACCAGUUUUCAUCGAAACCGCUAGUUUAGACCAAGAUAUCCUAUUAAGAUUCUUUGCAACUUGUAAUCAAUAUGUAGAUCAACUUAAAAACGGUACAUUAAUUAAUAAGGAUGAACAAACUAAAUGGAAUCAAAUGGUAUUUCCAAAUAUAUCGAAUGAAAUCUCUGAACGUUUAGGGUUAUCCGAUAUUUGGUUACCAACUAGUAAUGUCAUCUCUGAUAUAUUCGAAGCUUGUGCCUAUGAAAUAUCAAUCAAUAACAUUAGUGAUCAUUGGUGUUCACUUCUAAGUAAACAAAAUAUCUUGGAUUGGGAAUAUUCUCAAGAUUUAAGUAAUUAUUGGUUAAAAAGUUAUGGUCAUGAAAUUAAUUAUCAAAUUGCUACACCACUUUUAAAUGAUAUUUUAUCUGGUUUUGAUAUUUAUAUUAAUAAUAAUAAUAAUGGUAGUAGUAGUAGUAGUAGUAGUAGUAGUAGUAAUAAUGGUGAUAAUAGUGGUAGUAAUGGAAGUAGUGGUAGUGGUAGUAGUACAUCGACCUCAUCAAAUGAUAAUGGUAGUACCAAUAAUAAUGAUAAUAAGGUAGAACCUACAUCAAUUUUAAGAUUUGGACAUGCUGAAACUAUUAUUCCCUUUAUUAGUUUACUUGGAUUAUAUAAGGAUGAACAAAAGUUAUUUGCAAAUUCAAGCACUGAACAAAUUGAAAAUAGAAAGUUUAGAACUUCUGUUGUUUCUCCAUAUGCUUCAAAUAUUGCUAUGUUUUUAUUUGAUUGUGGUAGUGCUGCUGAUGGUUUUAAAAUAUUGGUUCAACAUAACGAAUUACCAGUAUUGGUACCAGGUUGUGAUGAAAUCUAUUGUGAUUAUCAACAAUUUAAAUCAAUUUUUAAACAAGGUAUUGAUAAUUUUAAAUGGAAUUCAUAUUGUAAUAUUAAUGAUGACGAUAGUGGUAGUAGUGGUGGUGAUAGUGGUAAUGGUAAUGGUAAUGAUUCUCAUUCAAAGAAAUCAUCUUACUUUUUGGCAAUAUUCAUUCCAAUUACAUUUUUAGUUGGUGGAACAAUUGGUGGAAUUUUUACCUAUUUCUCUUAUGAGAAAAUAAUGCAAGUUAAAAAUAGAAAGAAACUUACUCAAUAUGGAAAUGAUGAAUUUAUUUCUUCUCCAAAAUCAAAAUCCUUUUCAUUUAAACCAACUAAAUUCGAUUCAAGAUCUCCAUUGAUCCAAUAA